AUGACUGUCGGAAAGAUCAUCUUCUAUGAGGAAAGGAAUUUUCAGGGCCGCCAUUACGAAUGCAGCAGUGACUCCGCAGAUCUGCAGCCCUACUUUACCCAAUGCCACUCCAUUAGGGUAGAGAGUGGGUGCUUUAUGGUGUAUGAACAUCCAAAUUACAUGGGGCAGCAGUACUUCCUCCAGAGGGGCGACUAUUCUGACUGUCAGCGUGUGAUUGGUUUCAGUAACUGUAUCAGAUCGUGCCGCAUGAUCCCCAUGUACAAUGGCAUUCAUAGGAUGAGACUAUAUGAGCGGGCUGAUAUGGCAGGUCAGAUGGUAGAGCUAACAGAAGACUGCCCUAACAUCAUGGACCGCUUCCACACGUCUGACAUCCAGUCCUGUCACGUGAUGGAUGGCCACUGGCUUUUAUAUGAGCAGCCCAACUACAGGGGACGAAUGUACUACCUUGGACCAGGUGAAUACAGGAGGUACAGUGAUUGGGGAGGAACUGUCCCAAGAAUUGGAUCCCUCAGAAGAAUCAACACCUUAACCUAG